GGAUCGGGCGCGACAGUUCUGACCCGACUAGCGCCGGCGCGACCUCGUCGUGGAUUUUGGAUACAGCAUACAUAAUAUAGUAUACAUGAGAUCCGUCGUUGUGCCAUAGUAUUCGCAGUGAUCUCUCGUAUUUUUUGUGCGUUCGAGCUCAGAUCAGCGAAGCAGAAUCCAGCGAACGCAGCGGAUCCUCGAGCGACUCGCCGAACACAAUAUUAUGCCUCUAACGUGGGACCGGGAGAGCGGCUCGUUCACCCCCAGCCCGAUUCCGUCGCGCUCGGCCAGCGACGAGGAAGAUGCUCGGGGCUCGAGGUGAAGCGUCUCAUUCUCGCGCUACUCGUCUCGUCGGAGUCUCGGUGCCGCUAUUGGGGGCGUCCUGACGCCGCCCAUCAGAGCCGCAACCGUGGAUCGCCGAGGGGUGUACGCGACGCCGACGAAGGCGCCCGGUGGGACCAGCGGCUCGAACAAGGGCCCGUCGAAAGUUGCCUCCGUAACCGAGGUUUUCGAUCGUCCGGGCUGCCACGACUGGACCCAUCAUGACAAGUUCAACAUAUCGAACACGGCCAUGUCAUGGGACUCCAUCAGCUCGAGGGAUUACAUCGGGCAUCAGCUGUCGGCGACGGCGUUGCUGGGAAGUCCGGAUGGCUCUCGACAUCCCCUGGACGUGUACGAGUUCUCGGAGGAGGACUACCACCGAAAGAUGGAGAACCGCGACGACCAUGGCAACGGCUACCACGGCAUCGGGCUCUGGGAGUGUCUGAUGGGAUGCAGACACAGACUCGAUCAGCAACUCGCCAGGAGAAAGGUCGAGCAGGGCCUAAAGCUGUAUCGGGCUCACAAACAGCAGGCGGCGGUGCGCAAAUGGCGAGGCGCGCUGACGAACAUCGGCCGCCGAGAGGACAAGUUCGCCCUGCUCGGAUACUUGUACCAGGCUUACAUGGACUGGGGCAAGUACAGGGACAGCGUGGACUUCGGGCACCGGCAGCUUUGCAUUUCAGAGGAGCUGGACUCACCGAACAUGCGGGCCGAGGCUUAUUUGAAUCUGGCCCGUGCCCACGAGCGCCUCGGAGCCCUCGACCGCGCGCUCGGCUUCGCUCGUCACAGCCUUUACAACGAGUGCGACCAGUGCGCGACGGCCGGAUUAGUUCAUCUGACGGUGGGUAGAGUCCACUUGGAGCUCGCCGGAUUCUGCAAGGCGCUGGAAGCCUUUCAGAGGGCUCACAAAAUCGCCCACUCGAUUCAGGACCCGUCGCUCGAGUUGCAGGUAUACGUCGGCCUGUCGGAGCUGUUCUGUCGGCUCCAAGACGCGGACAAGAGCGCGAGAUACGCCGCGCGAGCUUACGACCUGUCGAGGAGCUUGCAGCUGGGAGAUUUGAAUUCGAGACAUCAUCGUGCUGCUCUGCUGCAGAUGGCCUCCGCCCUGAGGAAGAAGGGAGAGCUCGGAGACGCUCACGACUACUGCUCGGAGGGGACGAGGCUGUCUCUGGUGUCCGGGGACCAGGCGAGCUACGCUCGCAGCAUUAGGAUAAUGGGCGACAUCUACAGGAAUAAAUCUGAAAUUAACAAGGCAUUCCGGCAGUACGAGAGCGCGAUGGGCUUGGCAGCGGCGACGGGCGAUCGACUCUGCCAGAUGGAGGCCAUGGACGGGGCGGCGAGAUGCCUCGAGGCCCUCAGGCUCCAGCACAAGAUAUGCAACUGCAAACCCCUCGAAUUCAAUACCAGGCUCCACGAGGUUGCCAGCAGCGUCGGGGCCAAGCUACUCAUGAGGACGGUGCGCUCGCGGCUGUCGCGGAUCUACGGCUCGCUGGGCGACGAGGAGCAAAAGGCCCACUACGAGCGCGCGGCAGCCUCGAUAGAGGAGGACCUGGAGCUGCGCUGCGGCGGCUGCAACGAGCCCUUCGGCCUCGAGGCCGACUCCCUCGAGGCCCUGCCCUGCUCUCACAUUCUGCACGCGAGGUGCGCGUACGACAUUCUAAAGAAGCGCGACAAGAAGAAGAAGCGCCUCUGCCCAGACUGCCACAAAUCGGUGAGCUCGAGGCUCUACCUCCACUGCGACGAUACUCACGACAUCAACCCCCUGAAUCACAGUUCCUUGAGCCUGGCCUCGCUGAGGGCUAGCAGUCUGGCGACACUCGAGGACUGCCACGCGACGAGUAGCGUCUAACGAAUUUUCGACCUUUCUUUCGACUCCCUCUCCUAAUCCUUACACACGCGUCACAGCAUGCGUUAUCGCGUUGUUUGAAUCUCGUGUACGACGAUUCUCUCGAGAGGCCUGCACUUAUUGCGUUUAACCCAAAAGUGUGAGCCGACAAACCCGAGGCUACUACGUACCUGUGAUUAAGUAUGAUGUACUCUAUAUAUCUGUUGUUCGGACUCUCUGUCCCAGAUUGAGUACAGUAGCGCGUAGAUAUUCGAAAUGUAUAGUUCUUUGUUUUAUCGAAUUCACUAGUUAAUGUAACGACGUCGAAUUAAAAAGACGUUCUCGUGCAAUUGGAAAGCAAACACUGAUCGUUGUUAUAUCAUUAUUUGAAAUCACAGAUACCUAAAUAGCCUCGUAUGUAAUACCAUCAACCUAGUCAAUUCUCAAGGUGUAAGUAUAUUUUUGUAAGUUUUAUUAAGUUAGUGUCACGUGACAGAAGAAAAGAGAAAUCAUAAUGUUAUACUGUAAACAGGAGUUAACCCUCGAAUCGUCGUUGCACACUUCUAACUAUUUAAACGAUAAACAUAUGAUAUAACUACGAGAUACAACUAUCCAAGUGACAGAGAAUGUUAUAACACACGAAGAAAAAAAUUCAAUAUCUUCCUUAUGCACGUGAGUCUACUGCCGUUAGAGAAGGAGAGAGAAUUUCACGGUUAUAGAGUUACAAGUCGUUUUAAAAACAAGUUCCUCGCGUUGAAAAUUAGAGAAUUGCACUGCACAUUUUUAGUUAAACGGAUUCUAGUCGUCGUAUCGUGGACACAGGUGUUUUAACUAAUCGUGUGCUAAAAUCUCUAGUGCGAGAGUUAAUGCAAAAUGCACAAAAAAAAAAAAAUCGGUAAAAGUGUCAUUACGCCGAGGAUCUUCAGCGGUUUCCGAUGCAAAGAACUGAAGCCACUGGCACAUCGAACGCGUAUCUCGCACGUUUACUCAACAUUUUAUUCUAAACGAAUCGAAGACGAGAGCUGAGUGUGACGUUUUUUCAAAUCGUUCCUAUAUGUAUAAUUUCACGAAUGUAACUGCACGAAAUUCAACUUAUAUUAUAUUAUAAGCACUCUGGAAAGUGCCAAUGCGAAACGAUUCUGCCAAAUUAGAUUGUCGUGGUACAGGGUAGUGUUACACGAACGAAAAUUCAAUCUUUUCGUUCCACGAGUAAAACUGCCCGAUAAUGUAGAAGCAAUAUAUACCGCAGCGCAAUAGAUGUAUCGAUCGAAAGGAUCUUAUUUAAUGUUGAAAACGAUAUUGAAAAUAAAUAUUUUGUUAAAAAAAAAAAAUAAAACGUAGCACGCAGUUGUUUAAUUUUUGUAAGAGUUCAAAGACACCACCCUGUACCUACAAAUGAGUAUUAUACGUUUCUUCGCUCAGUGUAUUCGUUAGAUCGUGGCGAGAAGUUUCGUCACAUUUUUCAAUCAAAAUUUGAAGCUUAUAUACUUGUGUGCGAGAUUAAUUGAGCUUGGUUUUAUUGGAGCGAUAUCAAUUACCAAAACAAAACAGUUUUGGGCCGACCCUUUCGCGAGCCCUAUCGUCACCGCCUAAACUAUCCGUGUCUGUGGCAGAUGAAGAUAGGUGGCGCAUAGGCACUUUUUCAUUUCUCUCAUAACAAUCGAAUCUGUAUAGAUACAGUGGUGCGCCACCAAUGCUAAAACUGUCUUGUUUGGCCUGCUGCUUCGUCCCCCUCGUGCUACAACUGCGUGCGUCUAAAGUCAUUAAAAUGACUUCAUACCUCGCCAUUAAACGCAGGCAUUCUAUGUGGAGAAAAAAAGAGAAUAUACGUAUAAAUGUAUAAUGUGAGGUGCGCGAGAGCGCACGCAGAGUAUCUUAUAUUUAGAUGUAUAUAUAAAUAUUUUUUACACGUAAACGAUAAAAAAAAAGAAACCGACAAGAUUGCGAAAGAGGAAGCUAGAAUAUGAAGAAGAACAAUAUGUAAGGGAGGAAAUAAAAAAUGUAAAGAUGUAGCUUCACGUCGAGAGUGCGCGGACAGACGCGCAUGUAUUAUGCAAUUGAAGGGUCCAACGAAAAAGCAAAAUCACAGCCCUUCAAAAGAUCGUACCUAUCUCAAUUUUGUGCGAUGAAACGGAAAUGUAUAACAGCAGAUUCAAUGAAAAACAAAAAAAAAUAAUAAAUAAAAAUAAUGAUAAAAACACGUUGUAUUUCCCGUCCGAAUCAAAUGCAUCUUAUUGUUAAAGGUAUUAGAAAGAAAAUUUUCGAUGCGAUAAUGUACUAAACUAAAUAAAUAAAUCAAAUAAAGUGAAAAAUGUUAACUGAAAUGGUCGCUCUUAUACUUAUUAUUUUAAUCGUUGAUUGGUUACCUAUGAAGUCAAUUAUAUUUUUCUUAUUUGGUCGAGUCUUAAUUGGAACCAGAUAAAACGCGAUCGAUCUGUAUUCGUUACGAAUGCGUUAACGUUAAGAGCGUCCAUGUAUUAUGUAUUUGACUAUAGGUACGUCUUUCGGCAUUAAUAUUUUAGACUCUCCAAAUCGCCGUGGGUCAUAUUGACAAUUCACGUCACAUUUUUCUUAAUCGUACUUAUAUUAAUUAAAUGAGAACUACAAAUUUGCGUUAAAAAGUAAAAUAAUUUUCUUUGUAAGUUGACGUUCAAGCAGUUGAAAUUAUUAUAGAAUCUUGAUGAAUUAAUUAGAAUAAUUUCGUUAUGCUACUUUUGUUAAUUGAGUAUAUUUAUAAUAAAUAUAAUAUUGAAGGAAAGAUUUUCAUGAAGUUUACACUUUUUCAUUCGUAUAUUUUGUCAACGAUUAGAAAUCGAGAAUUAAUUGAAAUUCAACAAUAAGAUAAGAAUUAUAUUCUACUAUUAAAUAAAUUUGAUGAAUUUUGAAAUUAGAAUUAGCUAUUCUGACGUGAAAUGCUUAAUAAAAUAUGAAUUAAAAUAUUAAUACUGUACGAAUAUGAAAAAACAAACCUAUGCAUUAAACCGAGCACAUAUAUGUAGUAUAUAUACUUGUUCGAAUCACCACCACCCGAUGCCCAAAAAACAAAUCGAAAAAAUUCAAAAACAAAACCAGUUGAAAAUUUUACGAUUUAUGUGUAAUGUAAAGAAAAACAACGCAUGUAUCAAGGAAUUAUAAUUAUUAAAAGUAUCGAAUUGUUGAGUAGGUAUAACAAUGCAAGAAAAAAAAAUUAAAUAAUACUAAACUCUAUUGCGACUUAUAUGUCGAAGAAAGUAUAAAAAAUAUAAAUAUUAAAUAAAUGAUUAUAUGAGACGAAUAACACGUCUUCUUUACAAUGAUGCUUAAACGUUGUAGUGCCUACAUCGCGAGCGUUCCACAAUGAUAUGGAUAAUUUUAUUGAGAACGUAUUUUCCUUUUCUAUAUAAACGAUCGUUCAAUAGAAACAUAUGGAAGUUCGUUUUCUAAGUUGACAGGUUGAAUCUUUCUAAUCAUAAGUUUCAUCGAACGUUGUUGUAUGAUAUAUUUGGCGAAAGUGAAAUAAAAAUUAUUUUAGGAAAAUAAA